AUGGCGGACCCAACUCUCGAUCCCUCACGAUGGACUGAUGAUCAGGAGUCAACACUACUGCAGGCAAUUGUCCGCUGGAAGCCAGUUGGCAUGCAUAAGCACUUCCGCAUGAUCGCUAUCAGAGAUUUUAUGAUCAGCCAAGGCGUUACCUCGGCCGAAGAUGCACACACCACAGCAGCCGGCAUCUGGGCCAAACUGGGAUCAUUAUACGACCUGGAGAAGCUAGAUGAGCGUGAAGACUCGAUAAUCGACGGUGAAGACUCUAAGGGAGACGACUACUUUCGAGACUUCGAGCUUCCACGAGAGGACUUCGAGGAGUUAAUGUGGCAAAGACGAAUUGCUCCCGAGGGAACUCAAAGCCCUGCUAUGUCGAGAAGAGCAAGCACGGUUGCCGACACAGACGAGCCACGCUCCUCGCCUGUUCCGGGAAAGGGCUCUGUGCGCGGUGGAAGAGGGUCUGGACGUCGAGGCGGCAGGCUUUCCCGUCUACAGAAUGAAUUGGAAACCGAGAAGACCAGCAGUCGACGGACGAGUAAGGCCACCAGCGUUGCUGAUGAAGAUCAGGUUAUGGAGGAUGCCGAUGAUGACGACGAGGAAGAACAAGAUAGCGAGGACGAGGAGGAUGCAAGUAGUGAACCAGAGGAAGAUGAGAGAAAAUCGAAAAAGGUUGCACGUGGUGGCAAAAGAGGUGGUCGAGGCAGACGUGGCGGACGCCGCAGAUGA